UACUACUUGUUGAAACAUGUUAUCCUUGAGAUUUCUGUCCCUGCCCACUUGAGCUACAACUGGUCGCCUGUGUAUUUGAAAGGGCUGUAUGAAGAAGCAUUAACACAAUUUGAAAAAAUCAAGGAUACAGAUUUUCAAGCAAUGUAUCAGCUUGGUGUCAUGCACUAUGAUGGACUGGGCACAAAAGAAGAUCCUGAAAAGGGAGUGGAAUACAUGAAGAAAAUACUGGACUCUGAUUCCCCAAAAGCAAGACACUUGAAGUUUGCAGCUGCCUACAAUCUCGGCAGAGCGUAUUAUGAAGGAUGUGGUGUGAAGCAGUCAACUGAAGAGGCAGAAAGGUUAUGGCUUAUUGCUGCAGACCAUGGGAACCCAAAAGCAAGCGUGAAGGCUCAGAGUACUUUGGGAAUGCUUUAUUCCGUGUCAGUUCUAAAAGAUCUGAAGAAGGCCUUUUUCUGGCAUUCGGAAGCAUGUGGCAAUGGAAACUUGGAAUCACAGGGAGCACUUGGUGUUAUGUAUCUUUAUGGACAAGGUAUACGUCAAAACACUAAGGCUGCUUUGGAGUGUUUGCAAGAAGCAGCUGAACGUGGAAACAUCUAUGCUCAAGGCCAUCUUGUGGAAUAUUAUUACAACAGAAAAUUUUACUCAACGGCUGCUGCAGUAGCCAAAAGGGCUACAGCAAGUGAUGACAUUGAGAUGCUGGCAAAGGUGACCAACUGUCUUCCUAAGUAUGUAGCCAAGGGGGCUGCCAUGGCUGCUUUCUACUUGGCCAGGUGCCUCCAGCGUGGCCUGGGUGUACAGCAAGAUCAAGCUGCUGCCAAAAAGUACUAUUCUAUGGCGUGCCUUCUGGAUCCUGCUGUUGCUUCUGACCUUGAACUGGCAGCAAAUCUUGGGAGAAUUUAGUGUUUCCUUUGUGACUGGUAUAUAAACGUAUUUCCUACAGUAAAACAUCUUUAAGCUCGUGAAAUCAGACUGUUGAUCCCUUACUACUGCUUGCU